AAAGCAAGCAUUCUCACCUCGAAAGUGAUAUCCUCGGAAUCAUCAUAUCUACUUAGCUUGACUUCAAGAAGGCACUCCUUGAUCCAACUGUACUUCCUACCUUUGAAACAUGCCGAGGAUCCUUAUCCUAGGAGGCACGGGCUUAUUGGGUACUGCCCUCGCUCAAUCCCUGCUACGCGCAGGCAACAAUACCGUCUUUGUACAGACCCGUGCUGCUUCGAAGAGGGGAGCAAUUGUUGCCGCCGAGAUGACACCUCUGGUCUUUCCUCUCGAAGACAAGGCAGCCUUGAGAUCUGCACUGGACACAUACAACAUCGACACAGUUGUCGACGUCUCUCAAGGCUAUCAACAGGCCACCUCUAUUCUUGAGACAGUCGCCUCUGUUGCCAAGGAUCGACACGCUGCUAUUGCCAGAGAAGGAGCCAUUGGACCCAAGCUUGGUUUUGUCUACACUUCCGGCAUAAUGGUGCACGGCUCUCCAGCUGAGCGCGUGUCUGAUCUCUCACCCGUUGGCAACAAGCUCGCAUCGGACAAGCCAGCAACCAUGGUAUCUUGGCGGCCAUUCCAUGAACAGGCUGUGCUCGCCUGUCGUGACUUCCUCAACACCGUCAUUCUCAGACCUGGCAUGCUUUAUGGCCGCAACGCCUGGAACUUCGGCGUGUGGUGGGGUCCUGUCGCUGCACUCAAGGCCAAGGGUGGUGAGAAGCUCUCUAUCAGCGCUGACAAGUCUACACGUAUCUGCCUUGUACAUGUCGACGAUGUUGCAUCGGCUUUCCGCGCUGCCAUUGAUCGCCUGGAUGGCCGUCUUGGUGAUUGGCCUGUAUUUGAUGUUGUCGCAGAGACCAUCAGCCUCGAGUCCAUCAUCGAGGGGACCACGGAGGCUGUUGGCCUCAAAACGAGCGUGGACUUUGCCGGGACCGGCGGAGAUGUCUUUCUGGAGGCCAUGGGACUACGCGCAAACGUCGACUCCUCACGCGCUCGGACAGUACUUGGAUGGGAGCCGAGAAGGCGAGACUUUCUGCUCAACGUGGGAACGUACUAUGCGGCUUGGGAGGUUGCCCAGUAGCUUUCAGUAGACAUUUGCUUCGAUAGGGCCUCAAUUUGCUUCGAUAGGGCCUCAAGUCCAUGCUCACAGUCUGGUCAGCGCUUCAAUGGUGAUGUUCGGACCUCAGGCAUGAACCUCGUUACCUGUGCCAACAAUAGAACGUGAGGAGCAUGCGAAAUUCAGAGAACAAAGUGAUUUGUGAAUCGGCGUCAAAGGAACCGAUCCGAGAUUUGUACAGGGAGAGAGGUUGGCUCAGCGUCAUCCGGCUUGCACAUCCAGCAGCUGGGAAGGCAU